GCCGUCUCACACAAUACAAAACCUAAACGCUUCUCCUUCUUCCCCCAAUUCCUAAUUCGCACUUUCUUUCAGUAUUCCCGAUGACGAAGAAACACAACCCUUUAGAAAACCCACCAGCCGCAUCUUCAAGCGACGACGAUGAAGAAGUCGAAUCUUCCGCCGGAGAAGAAGAAGAAGAUGAUGACAACGCUUCUUCAUCCGAAGAAGAAGACCAGCCCAAACCUCCUUCCUCCUCCUCCGCUGUUACCAUCGCCAUUCCUGGCAAACAAGCCUCCGAUUCAGAUUCCGGAUCCGAAACAGAGACCGAUUCCGAAUCUGACACCGAACAACCUCCAAAACCUGUCCUCCCCGCAAAGUCCCUGCCGCCUCCCAAAUCAGGAACGAAACGGCCGAGUGAAGGGACUUCAAAGGAGACGAACACAAAACGAGCUAAGAAGGACAACGAAGAGAAGAAGAUUGGAGAAGAUUCAAAGAAACCUGCUUUUCAGAGACUAUGGACUGAAGACGACGAGAUAGCUGUGUUACAAGGCAUGAUCGAUUUCAAGAAGGAUACAGGGAACUCUCCUUACGACGACACCAAUGCUUACUACGAUUACAUCAAGAAAUCCAUCAGCUUUGAGGUUAGCAAGAACCAGUUCAUGGAUAAGCUCAGGAGUUUAAAGAAGAAGUAUAUGGGUAAAGAGAAGCCUUCUUUCACCAAGCUUCAUGAUCAGAAGUCUUAUAGAUUGUGCAAGUAUAUCUGGGGACCUGAUGGGAUGGGUCUUGAGACUGCUGUUAAGUCGAAUGGUGUGUCGAAAAAGAAGACCAAGAAGGAGGUUGAUUCUGUGAAGCGAGAUCUGUCUUUUGCUUCUCCCAAUGGUAAAGCUGUUGUUGUUGUUGAUGAUAGGAGAGUGUUGGUUCAUGGAGAGGGGGAAUGUGAUUGGUUUGAGAAGUCGUUUCUUGUUCGAGGGAUUGCGGGUUUCGGUGUUGACGAGGAGUAUGUGAAACAGAGAUGGAGGUUGGUCCCUGUUGAGACCAAGAAGAAAGUUGAGGAGAAGGUUAAGAUGUUGCAGGCUAAGGAGAUUGAGUUUGUGUUGCAGAAGACUGAGAUUCUGCGUGAGGUGACCUCUAUGAUUGCUGAAGCAUCUAAGAGUUAGAAUAUUAAUAGUUUUGAUCAGGUUUCUAUGCCUCACUUUUGAUUUUUGUACUUUGGAUUUUACAUUUUCUUCUUUAUAUUCUACUUACUUUGUAAUUUUUCUGGUUUGUUUUGAUGGCUUUCUCUUAUAUGAAACUCUCUUUAUUGGAUUUGUUGCUUAUCUAUAC